CAUCAUCCAUCUUUUGAUCAACAGAAAGAUAACAGUCAUGGCUGGAUUUCGAGCUGGUUUUUCCAGAAAGAACAAUGCUUUCUUGCUGCUCCUUCUCUUCGUUUCUGAACUGUUAGUUGGGGCGACGUGGGCAGCCGAGCAAGCACAGAAAGAAAAUCUUGGGACUGUAAUUGGCAUUGAUCUUGGGACAACAUAUUCAUGUGUUGGAGUUUUUCGAAACGGCAACAUUGAGAUCAUAGCAAACGACCAAGGGAAUCGAAUCACACCAUCAUGGGUUGGAUUUACUGAUUCCGAGCGUUUGAUUGGGGAAGCUGCCAAGAAUCAAGCAGCCCUCAAUCCAGAAUCUACAAUCUAUGAUGUCAAGAGGUUCAUUGGAAGGAAGUUUGAUGAUCCUGAGGUUCAGAAAGAUAUCAAGAUGCUGCCUUUUAAGGUAGUGAAUAAAGAUGGGAAACCUUACAUAAAUGUCAAGUUGAAGAACGGCGAGACCAAACUGAUGAGCCCUGAAGAAAUCAGUGCCAUGGUUCUGAAGAAGAUGAAGCAAACAGCUGAAGCUUACUUGGGGAAGGAAAUCAGGAAUGCUGUGGUCACCGUUCCGGCUUAUUUCAACGAUGCACAGCGACAGGCAACGAAGGACGCCGGCGUGAUCGCCGGGCUAAAUGUUGUUCGGAUCAUCAAUGAGCCGACGGCGGCCGCAAUCGCCUAUGGACUCGACAAGAAAGAAGGCGAGAGCAACAUCCUGGUGUUUGAUCUUGGUGGUGGAACUUUUGAUGUUAGCAUAUUGACCCUUGAUGGAGGCGUUUUUGAGGUCCUUUCGACCGCUGGCAAUACUCAUUUGGGGGGAGAAGAUUUUGAUCACAGAUUAAUGGACCAUUUCGUCAAGCUGAUCAAGAAGAAGUACAGUAAGGAUAUCAGUGAUGAUAAGAAGGCGCUUGGGAAACUUAAGAAGGAAUGCGAGAGAGCAAAGCGCGCAUUGAGUAACCAGCACCAAGUUCGCGUUGAGAUCGAGUCGCUUUUCGAUGGAAUCGACUUCUCUGAACCCUUAACAAGGGCCAAGUUUGAAGAAUUAAACAUUGAUUUGUUCAAAAAGGCUCUAGGACCUGUAAGGCAGGCCUUAAAAGAUUCGCGGUUGGAGAAGAAAGACAUCGAUGAAGUCGUGUUGGUUGGAGGGAGUACAAGGAUUCCUAAGGUGCAAGAAUUGUUGAAAGAGUUCUUUAAUGGGAAAGAACUGAAUAAAGGGAUCAAUCCAGAUGAGGCUGUGGCUCAUGGAGCUGCGAUUCAAGGUUCCAUAGUUGGCGGUCAUGGCGGCCAAAAAACUGAAGGAGUUGUGCUUCUUGAUGUUACUCCAUUGAGUCUUGGAAUUGAGACGGUUGGCGGAGUUAUGACGAAGUUAAUCCCUAGAAACAGUAAAGUUCCUACAAGAAGAACUCAAGUUUUCACAACUUAUCAGGAUCAGCAAACUACAGUGUCAAUCAGAGUUUUCGAAGGCGAAAGGACCUUGACCCAGCAUAACCACGAAUUAGGCCAGUUUGAUUUGUCCGGAAUUCCUCCUGCUCAAAGGGGUGUGCCUCAGAUUGAAGUCACGUUUGAUGUCGACGAAAAUGGCAUACUAAAAGUGACAGCAAUGGACAAGGCAGCAAAGAAAUCGAAUACCAUUACCAUCACCAACGAUAAAGGCCUCAGCAAGGAGGAGAUAGACAGAAUGGUACAAGAGGCGCAAGAGCAUGAAGAGGAGGAUCAAAAGGUGAAAGAAACGGUUGAUUCGAGAAAUAAGUUGGAGAGCUACAUAUAUAACAUUAAGAGCACCAUCAAGGAUAAUGACAAUCUUACGAACAAAAUCAGCUCGGAUGAGAAGGAAAACAUGGAGAGUUCACUGAAGGGUGCGCUUGAUUGGAUGGAUGAGAAUCAGAACGCAGAAAAGGUAGACUAUGAUGAGAAGAUGGCAGAGUUGGAAGCUGUUUUCAAUCCAAUCAUAAAGAAGGCAUAUGGAAACAGUGAAGGAAGUUCUGGUGCUGAUGAAGAAGAUGAUUCUAACUACGAGUUGUGAAAUAUUUCUUAGGAGAUUGAAUCUGUCAUAUCAUUCAUUAAUUAAUAAGGUUGAGGAUGUUUUUAUUAGGACAGUAGGUAGUAUUAGUAACAGUAUUUGUUGUAAGUGAUCUUUUAUCCUUAAAUUGAUUUUUGGCAAUUUAGCAUUUGUUGGU